CAGAGUGAAGAAAGUCCAAAGCUUUCGGUGCCUUCCUCUCUCUCCCUCUCUCUCCGACCUAGCGAGACCCGAGCGACUUCAACUUCUCCGACCAUGUUGCGGCGUGCCACUGCCUUGCUGGGCAGAUCGGUUCUAGCUGGGAGAUCUCGAUCCUUCUCUACCGAUCUGCCGGCGGCUCAGACGGCGGACCCCUCAUUCGUUGAGGCAUGGAAGAAAGUUGUUCCAACCGCAGAGCCGCCUAAAACUCCUCUUGCCUUCAUGAAACCUCGCCCUCCCACUCCUUCCUCGAUUCCGACCAAGCUCACUGUUAAUUUCGUGCUUCCCUACGCCUCUGAGUUGUCCGGCAAAGAGGUUGACAUGGUUAUAAUACCGGCCACAACUGGACAAAUGGGUGUUCUUCCAGGACAUGUAGCAACAAUUGCUGAGUUGAAACCUGGGGUCUUAUCAGUCCACGAAGGAGAUAAAGCGACAAAGUAUUUCAUCAGCAGUGGUUUUGCAUUCAUCCAUGCCAACUCUUUUGCGGAUAUAAUAGCCAUUGAGGCUGUGCCGCUUGACCAGAUUGAUGCAGCCUCGGUACAGAAGGGGCUUGCAGAGUUCACCCAGAAGCUGAGCUCAGCCACAACAGAACUGGAGAAAGCUGAAGCCCAAAUUGGAAUAGAUGUGCAUAGUGCUCUCAACUCGGCCAUCACAAGCUAGUGUUGUGAGUUCUUCGGUUUAAUCAUUUCUCAUUUUAAUUCUCUUUGAUGCUGCCUCAUUGAUGCGUAGAUUUGUCCAUGGAUCUGGAUCGAGUGUUUUGCUCUUUUAUUUCAUGUUGAAUGCAGAACAAAUAUAAAUAAUCCUUCAAUGGAUUUUACCUGGUUUGCAGAAAAAUGAAGGAACUUUUAAGAAACAAGUAGUCAUAUU